UCCACUGAUUUGUAAGCAUUUAUUUGCAGCACGCUUCCAUCGAUCCUUGAUCCGUAAAGAGUCGGCAAGAAACCUAAUCAGCAACAUGGCGAACAACAACGAGCAAGCGAAACGAUUCAAAGACGGCCAGCAAACCGAGGUCCGUCUAAAGAUAGGUACGCACGAUGGAAUUUUCCACUGUGACGAAGUCCUAGCGUGCUACAUGCUCCAGCAGUUACCACAAUACUCGACGGCACAAAUAGUACGGACAAGGGAUCAAAAACUGCUGGAUACGUGUGACAUCGUAGUGGAUGUCGGCUCUGUAUACGAUCAUGAGCACCACCGGUACGACCACCACCAGGCGUCGUUUGGCGAUACGCUAAACAGUUUGCGACCCGAAGUGGGCUCCCGGUGGAACAUCCGGCUUAGCUCGGCUGGGUUGGUGUACACGCACUUUGGCGAGGAGGUGUUGCGCUUGUUACUGCAGAAAAAGUUAGACCAAGAACCGAAUGCCGAAUGUCUGCGUGCUGUGUAUCUCAAGGUGUACGAUGGGUUUAUUAGCGAAAUCGACGCCAUCGACAACGGUGUUCCGAUGUUCGAGGGCGGCGAACCAAAGUACAAUAUUACAACGAACCUUAGUUCCCGCAUGCACAAUUUCAACCCCACCUGGAAUGAACCUUCGCCGCCACCAGAAAGCCUGGAGCGUUUCGAACAGGCCAAAGCAUACGUCGGACGAGAGUUUGAGGACAAAGUGCUUUACUACGCUAAAAGUUGGUGGCCAGCGCGCGAUCUGGUGUCUCGGGCUCUUGCUGAUCGAUUAACCGUGCACGAAUCGGGUGCCAUUCUGGAGCUGGAACAAUUUUGUCCUUGGAAGGAACAUCUUUAUCUUCUAGAAAAAGAACAAAAUUUAGUGGGCAAGGCAAAAUAUGUGCUAUACUUUAACAAGGAACAUGAUUGGCGUAUCAUCUGUGUGCCAAAUCAACCAUCAUCAUUCGUUUGCCGCAAGUUUCUUAAGAAAUCGUGGCGUGGUGUACGCGAUGAGGAGCUUGAGAAAGUGUCGGGAAUUGCGGGAGCAAAAUUUUGCCACCAGACUGGCUUCAUUGGAGGUAACACGACACGCGAAGGAGCACUGCGAAUGGCAGUUGCAAGUUUACAGGCCCCCGAAGAUUAGUUCGUCGAUAAAUUUUCGUACAUAAAAGGAAGCUAUUCUAGCUUGAUGAG